AUGUCUACCAUGAAAGCUGCCAUGAUUACUGGUGAAGGCAUCUCAAAUAUUGUGGUUGCUGAGAUUGAAAGACCAGUACCGCGACAAGGAGAGAUUUUGGUUCGCAUCCACGCAGCAUCUCUGGUAGCUCUCGAAGUUCAUCAACCCACGAUUUUGCAAAAUCCAGCUGAUUGGAAACUCGCUAAAUCAGACGCAUACAAAGGAAGAUACCCAGUCCAAACUGGUUGUGAUCUUGCUGGGGUUGUUGUCGCAGUAGGUCCCAACUGCUCCAAACUCCAGUUAGGCGAUUCAGUAGCUGGAUUUACGAGAUUAACUACUCGACGAGGACGUGGAGGAUACUCUGAAUACGCCAUCAUGGACGAACUUUAUACAAUGAAGAUGCCAGCAUACAUGCCAUUUACAGAGGCAACAAGCUUUGGAGUCGGAUACUUGACUUCUGUGCUUGCUAUAAAUCAUCAUAUGAGGAUACCUUUGCCACCUGCUAAAGUAAAGGACGCGGAUUUCGUGUUGGUUUGGGGUGCUUCGUCUUCUUGUGGAUUGUUUGCUGUGCAGAUUCUUAAACUUGCUGGAAUGCGGGUAAUUGGGACUGCUUCUCCGAGGAAUCAUGACUACGUGAAGUCUUUGGGAGCAGAAUUUGUCGUAGACUCGAAUAGUCCCAGUGUGUUGACCGAAAUCAAACGUAUCACUGGUGACUCGCCCUUGAAAUGGGCUGUAGACUGUAUUGGCUCAGAAACCGCUCUCGCAACAUUAACACCUGGCAUACCCACACAACUCGCUACUAUAUCCGGUGCGCCGGCAAUGCUGCCUUCGCCUAGUAUCACCCAUCACCCAGUCUAUCUUGGUGAUUACAUUCACGUUCCAGCCAAGAAAGCCUUCCUAGAGAACUUUGUGCAGAACGUUGCAAACCCCCUCUUGUUUGCUGGCAAGGAGCCCAUCAUAAUAGGGAAUCGAGCUUUGAUAUUGGGAGGAUUGGAUCAAGUAGCGACUGCUUUUAAAAUGAGCUCUGAGGGCCGAGUGUCUGGUCAGAAACUCGUUGUAAUACCAGGUUUGACGAGGCCUGAAUCUGUGGUUGCUAAAAUGUAA